GAGAGAGAGAGAGAGAGAGAGAGAGAGAGAGAGAGAGAGAGAGGUUGCCCAAGUCCAAAAAUCCUGAUAUCUUUAAUCCCGGCAAAACCUGCGUGGCAUAUCUGCUUCACAUGUUUUUAGGUUGGCUUGUUGUUUCAUUAAACCAACCAGAUUUGGCUCUCCAAUUGGCUGCUGGCUGCACUUCCCUGAUCUUUCCUCGAGUUCGAUAAACAAAUAGCGACGCAGCAUACCUCCUGCUAACUAAACGAUCUCCAGCUUCUCAUCCUUUUGCACUGCGGCCCUUAUAUCCUGCUUACCCUUCAGCUUCACACAGCCUGUCAGCCAUUGCAUUACUAGCUUUUUUUCACUUUUGGUUGGCAUCUCUUGUUUCUAGUACAAAAGGAUGCUGUUUGCUUCAUAAGCACAAGGUGAGAUAGAGCGUGGAAGCUGCCCACGAAGUGAACUCUCCUGCAGUUAGGCUCUGAAAUGAGUAAUGGGUGCUGAGGAUAGAGUUGAGCAAGUCACCUCCCAUUCUGUGUCCCUGCUAACAUAUGGUGAUUGCCACUGGCUAUGAUCUGUAACCAAAGAAGAGGAAAAAUGCGAGAUAAGCAGCUGGACCAUGAGAACCAGGGAUACAGGUAUGGCUAUUGAUUUGCUUCAUAUUCACAGAAUCCUCUCCACCCUGUUGGAGAUAAAGGGAAUAAUCAUCGCGAGAUAUAUAAAAGGUAAAGAUAAUAUCCAGAAAAUAACCAAAUUAUUGCUGAAAGCUGGUGAGCAAAAGCUUUUAUGCACCUUGGAAGAGCCAAUGGACGAGCACUGCAUACAAGACAGCAAGGACUCAAUUCGGAGAACAAUCAUGGAGCAUGAUAAGGUCUUCAGACAGCAGGUGCAUGAGCUGCAUCGUUUGUAUCAUGUACAAAGAUCAUUGAUGGCUGAAAGCGAUAACCAUAGUUAUCAACCGAGAACAGAAGAAACUCAUGAAAUGGUGCAGGGAUCAAGGUCGAAUCUCAAGAGUAGUCCUUCUACCUCAGGGACAAAUCAAUCUGCUCGCCUUGGUAAUGCACAACACUCAACUCCCCAGCAAGUAACUGAAGAUUUGAGUCUUCAUGAAUGCAAGCCAGUAAACUGCCUCAGCCUCUUUAGUGAAGAAAACUCAACAGUCAAAGAAAGAUUUCACAGGGAGAACCAUAAAUCAGCAGAAGAUGAAAGUUGGAAUGCCUCUGUAGGGAGUGAUCUUGACCUCAAACUAAGCAUUGGCCCCAGUUCACAUUCACCAAAAAGACCGCACUGGCUAUUCUCAGGAAGCAGGGAAAGAAACCCUUCUGGUCAGCAUCGAUGAGAGCAAGCUAGUAAACAUCUGAUCAUUUAGUUUGAUGGCGCGAGAAGCAAAACACAGCACACCAUAGUUUCAUAUGCUGAGAAAGCUGAAGCCUCCAUUAAAAAUGGCAUGUGGAUUUGUGGAAACACAGGCCUGAAGAAAAAUGCACUUCUAGCUCGGCGCCUCAGCCAAAAGAAAAAGAAAAAAAACAAGGCCCAGAAAUGCUUCCAUCAGAUUUCGAUCAGAAUUCUUUAGUCACUAGUGAUCUGUAUGCCAAAAACGUAGAGUCUCACAGGUACCAAUACUUGCUGUGGCUAGGACAGUAGGACUGCACUAAUGUAAUGCCAAGCAAAGGAUUGGUGACAAUUCAGUUCUGGGUUGUCUUGUGCAUAAUUUUGAGUUUCAGAACAAAAGCGAUAAAAAACAUUAGGUAAGUAUUGAAUUUGAAAGAACCAAACGAAAAUUCCCUUUCAGUUCUCCUACAGCAAUAAUAAUAUUACAGUUACAUUCAA